UACCAAAACCAAAGGGAAGAAUCUGAAGUGAAAAUGGGUUAGAGAGAGAGAGAGAGAGAGAGAGAAUUUGGCCAUAACACCAGUCAUGAGGGAAAGCGCCGAGAAGACACGUAACGGCGCGAGGAAAGCGACCAUUUUGCUUUUUCCUCAUCAACUGUUGCGUUUCAUCGCCGUCGCGUGCUUUCCCCCUUCUUCUUUCUUCUUCCUCCUCGGCCUCCAUUCAUCUCGUUCUAAAAAAAGUCAAGUCUUUGAGUCUGAAGUGGAGGAUUCUUUUGGUUUACUUCUUUGAAAACUCUCGCGUCUUUGCCUACCUUAUUCCUCAACCCGAAGAACAGGUCUAACUUCCUCUUCCUCUUUCCCAUUACUCAUUCUCUUUCUACUUCUAGAAUCUAUAUAAAGCUCAUUCAUUCAUCACCCACGAGUCCUGGCUAGUUUUUACCACUGAGUUUUGACAAUUCUAAGAGAAAUCCCAUUUGGGUUUUAGUCCCCUUUUUUUUCGAGUUUCUGAGUUUUGGGAAUCCGAAUUUGCGUUGGGUUUCGAGUGAAUCUUGAGUAGCUGAUACAUUGCUGUGGGAAGAAAAAAAUAUUCCGCAGGAACUUUGAUAGACGAGCAUGGAGAAUUCCUCUAGGCCGAGUCGAUCGGCAUUGGACAACUCACCGGCCGUGGAACUAACAGGAAAAAUAAUGGUGGUAGCCAUAAUAGUGCUCGUCCUUGUUGUGGUAUUUGUCCUUUUCCUCCAUCUCUACGCCAAAUGGUUCUGGUGGCGCAUUGAUGAAGCCAACCCUUCUGCUCCCCGCCGCCGCCGCCGCCGCUUCGUCUUCGCCCCCGGCCAAGAACCGGCGAUCUCCGCCACCCUUCGAAGAGGGCUCGACCCCUUUGCCCUCCGCUCACUCCCCGUAUUGAUAUUCAAUCCAAAUGAUUUCAAAGAAGGGUUGGAAUGUGCGGUUUGCCUCUCUGAUCUAGUGCAAGGAGAGAAAGCUAGGCUGCUCCCCAAAUGCAAUCAUGGGUUCCAUGUCGAUUGCAUCGAUAUGUGGUUCCAGUCCCACUCCACCUGUCCGCUCUGCCGGAACCCAGUUGCUCCUGAAAGCUCCAAUUCCAGCAGCGAUACUAGUGCUGAGUUAGCAGAGGAUUUCGAGUCAUCAGGAGAGAACUUAGUUGCUGGGUAUUCCACAGAAUCUCCGAAUUUCCCCACAAACGUCUUGUUUUGGGGAAACCAGACUCAGGUAAGUUCUAGGGGCGCUUGUUUGGACGAAGGUCCUUCUCAAUGCCCUCCUUGUCCACCAUCUUCUUCGUCAGCAGCUGGUAGUAGUAGACCGACCGACGGAAUGCUGGUGAUCGAUAUUCCAAGGCAGACUGAUAACUUGUCAUCGUUGUCUCCUUCGGUAAGCAGGUUUGCCGAGGAGGAAUCAAAGUCGCCGAUGACUGCAAGACUCAGGUCAUUGAAGAGGCUUUUGAGCAGGGAUAGAAGGACAAGUCCUCGUACUCCCGGUUCUGUUGAUGUUGAGCAAGCAGGUAGCUAGAUAGCAAGUCCCUUAAUAGUUAGACUGAACAUAUCGCGGCUAGUACAGAGUAUUGCUGAGAAAUCAGCUCAAGAUUAUUGGAAGAGAUGAUUGGAGUCCGGUUCUUCCAUCCUUGAAAGUUGCUACUUCUUUUGGGAGAGAUCCCCCAGGGUUAAUUUCUUCAAUGUUCUUUUAUUCUUGAUCUUGACAUAGAUACUUAGGAGCUCGAGGUUGCUAUCUCAACGAUCUGAAUCUCUUGUUUUAUACAUGAAGUUUGUAUCUGUCUUGGAACAGAAGUGAACAGUUUUUUCUUUUA